AUAUGAUAUCGGUCUUUCUGUCAAAAUACCGAUUUGCAACUAAGCGAACCCUAUUUGAAAAAAAUAAAUUAUAAAUUUUGCACAAAAUUGUUUAUUAUUUUAUUAAAUAAUCAAGCAUUUAUUACAAAAUAAAAUGUGCGUUAUUGCAAGACAUAAGUUUCAAGUGCUUUCAUUGUAUCGCAUGCUCAUGCGGGAAUCAAAAAAGUUUCCGGCAUAUAAUUUUAGAAUGUACUUCAUGCGAAGGAUUCGUGAGCAAUUCCGAGAAAAUCAAUUUUUAAAAGAACCAGAGCAGAUUUCCCAACAAUUUAAAUAUGGAGAAGACACUUUACAACUUAUUCGCAGACAGGUAAUAAUUGGCCAUUUGUACGGUUGUGACAAACUUGCAGUAGAAAAAUAGAAAUAUGUAGUUGUUAAAAAUAAUAUCAAGAUUUGCAAAAAAGAAAAAAAUGUAGUUAUACUUUAGUAAGUAAUAAAUCUCAUUGAUUAAAAAUAAAGAAUAUAUUUUUGGAAAGUGAUGAACAAGAAUUGCGAAAUAAAGUAAAGAUAAAAGGUUCUUGAA